UCGUUUCGCUCUCAACAGCUAAGCAAGUGUCGUUCAACCGUAAAGAUAUAAAACUCUGCUUAAACUCGGCUUAAAUUGAAUUAAUUAAAUUCAAAUUAAACAGUAUGGAUCAUAAUCAUGGAUCGGAUACAUCAACUACCUCAUGUCAUUCCAUGUCUAUGUCGUUCCAUGCCGGCUAUACCGAGAUCAUAUUGUGGAAUGGUUGGACCACUAAAACUGUAGCCGAAUUUGUGCUGUCUGCCAUAGCCAUUUUUGUGGUAUCCUUUCUGUACGAGGCUUUGAAAUUUUUACGCCAGAACCUAAUGCGGAUUGAGGCCCGCAAGUUGGCCCAACGCCUGGCCGAGGAUCAGCGGCGAAAGAACAAUGUCAGCGAUUGCGGCGGCUGUUCGGACACUCCACUGGCCGAUCCCAGAGAGAAGACCUAUUGGCAACAAUUGGUGGAAUACUCACACAUUGUCCAAUCCUUACUUAAUCUGCUGCAAAUCAUUGUCUCCUAUCUGCUGAUGUUGAUCUUCAUGACCUACAACUAUUGGCUCUGCUUGGCUGUGGUUUUAGGUCUGGGAGUGGGUUACUUCUUCUUCGGUUGGAACAAGAAGGAUGCCCAAGAGAGUGAAUGUUGUCCUUAGUAGAGUUAAAUGUAUAUUUUGUUGCUUGUUUUUUGUUUUUAAUGUUGUAUUUUAUUACAGAGUUAUGUUGGCCAUUUUACCAAAUAGUAAUUAAUGCAAAAAAAACAAAAAAAAAAUACAUUUUAACUUAAAUACUUACAAUUUUAUUUGAUAGUUAUACUUGAUUACAUAUUUACUUAUGUAUAUAGCAUAAAUUAGUCAACUAGUUUACUUAGUGAGCAAAAUGUACAAAUAAUUAUGAGAAGAAGGAUCCUAAAUAUAUGUAUGUGUAUAUUUUGGAUAGAUUUAUAUAUAUAGAUAGAUUUAUAGUAUUUUUUACAUGUAACAUACCAUAACAGACUCAAUACUUUCCAUUUUUACAAAACUCAAAAAGAAAUUAUGAAAAAUAUAUAAAUGUUUUUA